AUGGAACUUGAUGAAAACGCCAGUGAAGGAGAGGUACUGGAGCGCGGUUGGGAAUUGCGCGCUAAUUCCUCAUCCAUUGUACGGAACGCGGAAGUUUGGAAGUUUGCUCUGGCAUCGGUGUUUCGCGUCCUCAAACCCCGCAAAAUGAAAGCAAAAGGUGCUUCGGAAGAGGAAUUGAAGAAGGCUCAGACCGAAGCAGCCGAGUUCAUCCGUGAUGGUUUGCUCAAACUUGGCCCUAGUUUCGUGAAACUGGGACAGGUCAUUUCUACACGUACCGAUGUUUUGCCACCAACCUAUACGGAUGUAUUGAAGACUCUGACCGACGAUGUGCCCGGUUUCAGUGGAGAACGAGCAAAGGAAAUAGUUGAAAAGGAACUAGGCAAACCAGUCGAUCAAGUCUUUACUGAUUUUUCUGCGAAACCUUUAAAGGCUGCGUCGUUGGGUCAAGUGCACACUGCAACAUAUAAAGGUCAAAAAGUGGCCAUUAAAGUGCAGCGAUCUGGCUUGAAAGAAUUGUUCGACAUUGAUCUUAAAAAUUUGAAGAAACUUGCUGUUUUACUUGACAAGUUUGAUCCCAAAACGGAUGGUGCGGAUCGUAAUUGGGUUAGCAUAUAUGAGGAAUCGGAGCGUUUGCUCUACCUUGAAAUCGACUAUUUGAACGAAGCGGAUAACACCGACCGGUUCGCCAAAGAUUUUCAGGGAUACGAUUGGGUCCGAAUCCCUAAAGUAAUCCGAGAAGUGACAACACCUAGGCUGCUUGUCAUGGAGUUCGUUGAGUCUUUCAAAUUGACAGAUAUUGAAGAAAUUAACCGUAAUGGCUUGGAUCGUAAAGUCAUUUCGAAACGAGUUGCUGAUGCGUUUUUGCGCCAGAUAGUCGAGACCGGAUAUUUUCAUGCCGAUCCACACUCGGGAAAUCUUUGCGUUGACAAGAAAGGAAACCUUGUUUAUUAUGACUAUGGUAUGAUGGAUGAGCUUAGCCCCAAUGUAAAGGCUGGUUUUCGUAAAUUUUGCACGGCCUUGUUUGCCGGAGGUCCCAAGAUCUCUGAUAUUCAAUUAGCUCAAAAUGCGAAAGAACUUGUUGCUGGCGUGGAACAGGCCGGAGUAUUGGCCAAAGGUGCGGAUCGACUGGCGGUAGAAAAGUUGGCCCGUUACUUUAUGCGAGCUUUUAAAGACAAGCAGCUCGGAAAAUCAUCCGGCAAUAUCAAACAGACCAUCGGUACUGAUCUUCAGACUUUGACUGAGAACAACGUUUUUAGAUUUCCAAGCACGUUCACCUUUAUAUUCCGUGCUUUUGCUAGUGUUGAUGGUAUUGGGAAAGAGCUAGAUAAAGACUUCGAUAUUGGGAAAUUGGCGCAACCUUUUAUCGAAGAUUUUACGGAAAGUUCAAAAAAGUACAAGUCCGAAGCUGACAAAAAUUUCCAGAUUUUCGGAAAGGCGACAGGCCUGAAUGUAGAUGAUAUCGAAACAGCCAUAAUGCAACCAAAGAAGGUUGCUUAUAUUGAGGAGACGAUGCGUUCCAUGGAAGAUGGAACCCUGAAAAUUAGAACACGGUCACUGGAGAAUGAGAAGGCUUUGGAGCGUGUCGGACUAAGGCAGGGUAUAAUGGAAAAUGUGCUUCUUGGAUCGCUCUUUUUCAACAUGGCUGGGUUGGCUUCAAGGACUGUUUUUCGGACAGCGGGAAUCGUUGGCGCUUCGUUCUUCUUGUUUCAGGCCCUCAUGGCAAAUGCGAAGGUAAAGAAGUUCGAUAAGACGCAGGCGAAAUUCAGCUCUUCCGGAUCUUUUGUUGAAGACAACAAGAAUACCAAGAAUAGUAAUUGA